AAAUUCCUGUGGGUAAAAGGUGCCAUUGUCUUCCAAAUCAGAAGCCAAAACCAUGGGCAGUUUUCCAUCGGCCUCCAUCUCCCUUACCGCCAACCGAAAAACCGGCUGCUUCUCCCGCUGUAUAUACCUCCCCUUUCUUAUUCAAUGCACCUAAAAACCACCCCACCUUCAUCUUUUCUCUCCAUCCUUAUUUACUUGUUCUACAGCUAUGGCCGUUCGGAAAAGGUUCAUUCCUGCAACCGCAUGAAGAAGGACAUGUGCGCGAAGCUUCAGGGGGAGCUCGCAUUUGUCAUUUCGUCCCAUGGGGUAUGGCCCAUUUUUCUUGCUUUGAGUAGUAUUGAAGUUGUUUGUUGAUUUUGAGCUUCCAAUUCUUGUUUAUGGAGCUGGGUCGGUAAAAAAAUUUGAUCUUGAUAGAAGAGGAGUGUAGCAUUGCUCUGUCAAUCUCUAGGGCUUCUGUUUGAUUUAUGGAACAAGGUGGAUUAGGGGGAGGGAUGUUUUCUGGUAUGGGUUCAGGGAUGCUAGGUCUCGAAAUGCCUCCCCACCAGACUCCCUCCAAUGCCCAAAAUCCUAAUUCCCUUCAGCACCCCCAAAUAGUGGGUUUUGAUCCCCACCACUCACAAUCACAGCAAAUUAAGCCAACUGGGUACCAAUAUUCUUCUUCCAAAUCGAAGCAGCAGCUGACUCUCAGCGAGGACGAUGAGCAUGAUGAUAACAGUGCAGGAGACCCGAAAAAGAGUGGUAACAACAGCAAGUCCUCCCCUUGGCAGAGGAUGAAGUGGACUGAUACGAUGGUGAGGCUGCUAAUUAUGGCGGUUUUCUAUAUUGGGGAUGAGGUUGGAUCGGAACCAAAUGACCCAAAGAAGAAGUCAGGGGGUUUGCUUCAGAAGAAGGGUAAGUGGAAGUCGGUCUCUCGGGCUAUGAUGGAGAAGGGGUUCUAUGUGUCACCGCAACAGUGCGAGGAUAAGUUCAAUGAUCUCAACAAGAGGUACAAGAGGGUAAAUGACAUUUUAGGUAAGGGGACUGCUUGCAGGGUGGUGGAGAACCAAGGCCUGCUCGAGACAAUGGAUUUGUCCCCGAAGAUGAAGGAGGAAGUCAAGAAGCUGCUCAACUCAAAGCACUUGUUCUUCCGGGAGAUGUGUGCCUAUCACACGAGCUGUGGCCAUGGAGUGGCACCCGGUGGCAGCAGCGGGACUCACAACUCGCCUGAGCAGCAUCAGCAGCAGCAGCAACAGAGGUGCCCCCACGGGGCCACAGAGAAUCAUCUGCCUAUGGGGGAAAAGGAUAUCCCUAGCAGGGCAGAAGCAGAUAGCUCGAAAGUGGCGGGAAGGGGAGGGAGUGGAGAAGAGGAGUAUGAUGAUGAUGAGGAUGAUGAUUCGGAGGAUGGUGAGAACGAUGAUGAUGAUGAGGAUGUGCAAGAAGAUCACGAACACGAGAAUGAUGUUUGGAAUCUCAAUCAUCCUCGGAAGCGCCCCAGGAAAUUUUCGUACUCGCCAUCUCCUGCAGUGGUGCAGCAACUGAAUGGCGAAGUGCUGGGGAUCAUCCAAGAUUCAGUUAGAAGCCCGUGGGAGAAGAAGCAGUGGGUGAAGGGGAAGUUGCUGCAGCUCGAGGAGCAGCAGGUGAGGUACAGAGGGGAGGCGUAUGAGCUCGAGAGGCAGAGGCUGAAGUGGCUGAAGUUCAGCGUGAAGAAGGAGAGGGAGAUGGAGAGGGCAAAGCUCGAGAACGAGCGGCGGAUGCUUGAGAACCAGAGGCUGGUGCUGCUCCUCAGGCAAAGGGAACUUGAGCUCCUCGACCCUCAGCAGCACCAGCAUCAGCAGAACUCGUCGAACAAGAGAAGUGAUCCCUCUUAGAUCACGGGAUAGAAAUUGUUUGUCGUUGACAGUGUAUAAUAGAUACUGCAGUAGGAUAGCAUAGAUAGGCGAAAGGAGAGAAGAGAAGUGGUUGUUCCUCAGUGGUGUUUCUUAGUGAUGUCUCAUAUGAUCUUUAAGCAAGUUUGCACUUAUUUUCUCUAUUUCUUGUUUCUUACUUCUUUCGGCAAUGUGUCUUUUGCCCCAGAAUUUUGAUUAUAUCACCACGGAUGUAAUCAAGGUAGAUGAAUAAUUGAAGAACCGAUCGUAUCAACUCU